UAUCUGCUUGAGUGAGGUUGAUUUGUUUGGUGGACGGUGCCUGUGUCUGCUGUUCUGCUGAAUUUUCUUUUUGUUAUCAGCGGGUGUGGUUGAUUUCCUUUUGUGGCUUAGCAUAUCAAUAAUUAUCCUGGCACCGACUGUCACUAGGAAGGAUGAGCAGCAAGGUUACAUUUGCCUUUGACAACAAUCCCCAAGGUGUCUAUUAUGCCGGCCAGGUUAUAUCCGGUACUGCCGAACUCAUCACAGACCGUCCAAAAACCAUUCGCUCUAUCUAUAUAACGAUAAAUGGCUUCGGUGAGACACGCUGGCAGGAGAAUGUGGAGAAGUCUUCUGAAGAUGGCAGCACACAGGUGAAGUCUCUGGCUACCCAUACCAGCACAGAGAUCUAUUAUACCAACGAUCAGUAUGUUUAUGGACAAAGUGGAGGCACUCAGUUGGAAUUGCCCAAGGGUAAAUUUGUAUUUCCCUUUCACACGACCAUACCGCCGAAUGCUCCAACCUCAUUCAAUGGUCGCCAUGGACAGAUUAAACAUGAAGUUACCCUGACUAUAGAUAGAUCGGUGCGCUAUAAUAAUAUAUUUAAGCAAUGCUUUACGGUUAUAUUACCAACUGAUUUGAAUGCCAAGAGAGAACAUGUGCAACCCCUGAAACGCAUCGAAGAGAAGAGCUUUUGGUGGGGCUCCAUAUUUGGGGCGAACAAACCAAUGGUUAUGGAUGUUAGCACCUCGUUUAGUGCCUAUGCUCCCGGGCAGAAGAUACACUUUCACAUUGCUCUCGACAAUCAAUCGGAUGUUCAGUGUCAGGAUGUUAAAGUGCGGCUCUUUAAGAAUGUUACGUAUCGUGCUAAGAGCGGUUCCACCGCAUCUGGCGAGAAACCGGAAAUCAAAGUAAAUGAAACCGAGUCUCGCAUAGCGGACAAACAUUGUGGCGAAGUUCUGAAACAUAAUAAGGCCACAUUUAAUGAGUAUUUGGUAGUACCACCAACUACACCCACUACACUGGAAAACAAUGACAAUCAGCCGAUUAAAGUGAGUUAUACCCUACGCUUUAUAGCCAAGACAUUUCGUUUGCAUGGCGGCGGGGAUUUGGUAGUGGAUUUCCCUUUGGUUAUUGGCACUGUACCAUUGUUGGCAAGUGCUGGUGAUUUGGGUCCGGGACAGACCAAUUCGAAUAGCUCUGGCUUUGUAGGUGCUCCAGUAUUUCAAGAAGACGUCAGCUCCGAGCAGUUUGAAUCCAACACAUAUAAGCCGCGUUAUCCAGUGUACAAUUUUAAUGGAAAUGGUCAAUCAACUGCAGGAAACUCAAAUGGGACAACAGCUCCAACCCCGAGUCUAUAUCCCAAAGCUGAAGAUAAGCCACCAGUUCAGCAUACAGCCAAUCCUGUAUCACCUGCACCGGCUCCUGCUCCUGCCAUACACAAAUCCCCACCAUAUCCAACUGCUGGACCCAAUCCGGGAACUAACUUUGAAGUACUUGGAUUUAGUAUUCCGCCAGAUUAUAAACCGACACCAAGUGCUCCAGCUGAUUCAAGCAUUGGAUGGAAAUAAGAAAUGUAGUUUUAUCUUUUAUAAUUAUAUACAUACAUACAUACAUUUACAACACUUAAUCAAUUAAGCAAAUCAGGGACAUAUCCCAAAUAUAAUUAUAUACAUAUAUCUGUAAAUGUUUAGAGGGAGUGUGGCAUAUGAAUUAAAUUUGAAAUUCCAAUCUUUACCGCAAAAAGGGGCUGUUAAAUUAACAGUGAUGUUAAAUUAUGUAGAGUUGCCAGAAGGCUUCCAAUAAAGCAGACGGCAACGUUGCUCAGUAGA